GAAACGUGAGGGUGUUUAUAUGUAGAGGAAAAAUGGAGAAGCCCAAGAAAAAGCUCACAGUCCAGCACAUGCCUUCUCGGCUGCUCAGUCAAGAGGCAAACGCCAAGUUCUUCAAUCUGCUGGAGGCCAAAACACAGGCCUUGUGCACGGCGUUUGUGAACGUCGUUAUGUCUAAGCCGCCCGAACGCCCUGAAUGGAAGCCGUUUCGUACUGGAGUCGCCACGCUGAUCAAGGACCACACGAGGAAGUCUUACUACAUCCAGAUAUACGACCUCGUGGACUGGGCGAAGGCCAGAGAGGAAGAGCUGAAGAAAGGGUCAACUUAUCACGUCUCUUUGCCUACAUUCCACCAGCUCGAGACAUCGACAGGCAAAGCCAUGGGACUGAAGUUCUCACUCGAAAAAGAAGCCAAGACCUUUGCCCAGAUAGCGAGGGAUAUCACCAUGACCGGACAUUAUAAAAGUGACGGUCCUUCGCUGACCGCCAACGCCAGCGAUGAGAUAAGCACUGGAGGUACACCAGGAGAAAGAACUACCACUGCCACUUUAACACUUCCUCGUCCGCCGCCUGCCAAGAAAACUAGCACUCUUUCACGGCCUCAAAGACCCAAGUCCAUGCACAGAGAGGCUCCAAAAUCUCCCCCACCCCCACCACCCCCUUCACUGAACAGGAAUCCUGUGACCACUGUACCCAUUAAAGCUCCCCCUCCCUCACCUCCAACUCCUCCCCGACCCAAGGUGCCCAGUCCUCAGUCAUUACCCUCCACUCCUGUAAACAGAGAUGCCCCUGCGCUGAUCGCUGGACCAUUCCCAGGGCAUUCAUUGGUACCUUCCUCUCCAGGCCUUACUACAGAUACUCUGGACAGAAAGAAACCGACCAAGAAAAUCACGAAAGAGAUGAUUGGAGUACCUACCAAUUUCCAGCACGUGAGCCACUUUGGCUUCGACCCCGAAUUUAACUUUGAUUCUCAGUUGAUACAAGAAACGAUGAGCGAACUUGUAAAGAGAACCAGUGCAACAUGUCCUACCGCUUCCAGUCCACCCCCUUCUAAUACACUCCCUUCCAAUCCACCUCCUCCCAAUCCUCCCCCUUCCAAUCCACCUCCUCCCAAUCCUCCCCCUUCCAAUCCACCCUGUCUCAAUCCACCCCCUUCCAAUCCACCCCAACCUCCUGGCAACAGAAAUCCAGUUUGUUCACCUGCCUCAGACGCAUCGCCACCAAAACCCGAAGAAGCUGCCUUGAUAGUGUCCUCUGAGCCUUCCAGAGAAAAAGAGCAGACGUCUGUGUGUGAAAAGCCAAGAACAGGGGCUCUCGAGGCACUGCCAACUUCUGCUGAGACUCCAUUAGUGACACAAGUAAAUGAUGCGAUGCACUACGAUACAAAACUUGUAGAGGAGGUUGCUGUACAAGAGACGGCUGAGGGAAACAAGCCUGAGACUCAAGCUAUACUUCUCUCAGAAGAGCCUGUGCACAAAGCGGCAUCAGAUACUCCGAUGAAGUUAGAAGAGGUCACGUGGAAGAGACAUUUCAUCGCACAAAUGUUCGUGAUUCCCUUACUGAAUGUAAUAGUGACUUUGAAAUGAUUGAGAACAGCAGGAAUUCAGACCCAGUCCAGUCUGCGAUGCAGCCGUCAGAUGUACCGGACGUGGAUCCGAUACCAAAUACUACUACAACAUCAUUAGAUUCCUCUCAGUCACUGGGCAAUAAUUUGAUUGUAAAAAGUAAUGCAUUUCUCGUUGGCCCUGACCAAGAAUGUCGAAAAAAUGAAAACGGCGCAGAGAACGUUUCCAACUCUGACCCAACCCUUUCAGCAAAUGAGUCGGAUAAAUAUAACACAGACAUACUAAAUUCUUUAAACGAACUUGAAGCGAUGCUGGAAGGAGUGUCCACUUCGUCUUCUGAUUCUGUGCCUUCACAAACAACAGCAGCAUCAGAAGUGGAGGUUCGCGACGGAGUGACUCACAGUGCGUCAGAAGACGCUGGAGAAGAACAAGAAAGUGUGGAAUACCUUGGUGCACAAACUAACAUAUCUUCCACUUCUGUGCCCACCUCUGAUCCAGAUCAAGUUGGCCGUGAGUCUUUUGACCCGCAAGAAAUGAAUAUGCUGUUAGAAGGUGCAACGGUCCACUCAAAUUUCAUAUUUUCUGACAAAAACUUGCAGAUCCCGGUGGCGCCGACCCGGUACCGGCGAAAGAAGUCGAAACAGGAGCCUUCUCCCCCGCCCCCUCCACCAACACCCACUGAAGCUGACCAGAUCGACUCUGAGAACUUAUAAAGCUUCUGCUGGAGAUUUUCCAGUCUUCCCUUGUUGUAAUUGCAUAACGUUUUCCUUGACAAGAUGGGAAUUGCUUCCUCGCACGUUAUCUGGAUCUUAUAUUUCAUGGUUUUAUUUGGCAACAACUUUCAAUAGUUUCUUAAUCCAAAGUUCUUGGCUACAAUAUCUGAUAACUGCUCAACAGACGAGUUCUGCAUCACUGUGGAAAUCUUUGUGAAUGUGCUCUACUGCUCUGUGCUGCUUGAGACAGCUGAUUAGGGAAAUUCUGUGAUUUUAUUUUGGCAUUGAUUGACAUUUGGCAACAGCUCCUUACAAUUGCUGAGUCAAUUUGUGUUACAUGCAGCUUUACAAUCUAAGUUAUUUUAGCAACCUUCUGUAUUAACUGGUCGGCUGGUAUAGUGGUUAGUGUCGUAGUGGAAUGCCACUCAAAUGAAAAAUCACUGGAUUUCUAUCAUGAUCAGUUACUGCUGCAGUGUGGGGUCUUUAGUGGUGGGAGGUUGAAGCUUAAAUUGCAAGUCAAUGGCCCCUUUCGUGUGUGCUCGUUCCAUGUGAAUAGGUUUCAUCUACUGAAAUGAUAAUAUAAUUAUAAUAAUGUUUAUGUACAAUCAUCUUUUCCGUUCAUUUAUCAUGGUUUUGAUCUGUUAAUCAUCAAUUAGGUUGCAAGCGCAAUAAAUGUAUUUAAAUGAA